GCGGGAUUUAAAGGCCAUCUGUUAAAGAACAAUUGCUUCGGCGCUAUACCAUGCGCUCAAAAGUUCCGACCAAAAACCCCGUAGAGAGAGAAAAAAAAAAAAAAAAAAAGAAGCAAGAAAAUACCAUCACCAUUCGCAGUUGGCGCAGUGCCACCCCUUCACAAAGGAAAAAAGACAGGAACGAAGUCAUGGAUUUGAUUGGUGCAACGACAACCAGCAAACAUGUUUCACAGCCUACGCCAACGUGGUGGUGGGGACGAUUGGAGAGGUUGUUACUCACGGUACGGCUAAAAUAAGGGCUGGCACAGCUGGGCUGCAUCGGCAUCGCCCCACGCGCUUACUGUCUGGGUACCUUACGUACCGUAUAUGUCGAUCGAUCUUGGGGAGCUUGGCAAAACCAAACAACCACAUACAGACAGAGAGAGAGAGAGAGACUUACAGGCUCGCUUUUCACCAUGUUGAGUGUUGAAUCUCUGGGGCUUUCAGCUGCUAAGGUGCUGAUGGAGGCUCAGCCCGAGAGGUGAGAUCCCUCUUUGGCACUUUUUGUCUCUAUAUAUGAAGCCAGAGAGACGUCUUUCCAGGUUGUCAUCAGGAAGCUUUUGUUAUUCAGACAACAUUCAACAUCCCGACUAUUACAAACAAAACAAAACAACACGGCCUACUAUUUAUCUGUCCCAGUAUCCUGAACAUCCCAACUCAACAUGAAGAUCACAGUCUGUCUCCUCAUGGCCCUCGCGGCCCUGGCCAACGCACACACCUUCUUCCAGCAGCUGGAGCUCAAGAAGGAAGGCAAGCAAUGGAACAUGAUGAAAGUCGGCGAGGGCGUGCGCACGCCAAAGGACCUCAACUCCCCCAUCUUGUUCACGCCUCACAAGUCGUGGGAGUUCCUGCCGUGCAAUGGUGGUACCAACGUGCUGACCAAGACGGACGUCGUGGUCAAUGUCAACACCGGAGACGAGAUCCAUGCCAUCUGGCGCAUGCUUCACAACGGCGGAAGCAGCCCGGAUGAGAUUAUCGACAAGAGCCACAAGGGUCCAGUGAUCGCCUAUUUGAAAAAGGUGGAAAACGCCGCGACCGACUCCGGUUCCGGCGACGGCUGGUUCAAGAUUCAGCAGGAUGGUUGGAAAGAUGGUCCCAAGGGAGAGCAGUGGGGUGUGGAUCGCUUGAGGAAGAACAAGGGCAAGCAGCAGAUUAUAAUUCCGGAUUGCAUCGAGCCUGGCAACUACCUACUGAGAGCCGAGAUUAUUGCUCUCCAUGAAGCCUCACAAAAAGGAGGUCCUCAAUUCUACAUGUCAUGCGCUCAGCUCAAGGUCAACACCAGACCAGGAUCGACAGCCACUGUAAAGAAGCCGGCAAAAACCUACGAUAUGACCAAGCUUUAUAACAAGGAUGUGCCGGGUUUGACAACCGACAUCUACAACAAGAUCACCAAAUAUGAGGUGCCAGGUGGGGAGGAGUUCAAGUGUUCAGCGUAGAUUUGUUUCUGUGGUGGAGCAUAUAUCAUCCGAUAUUCCUGGUGUUUGGUUUCCGGCGCAUGGUUGGUUGGUUGCAUUGGGUUGGCGUUGAGUGGUGGGAAUAUUGUGUUUCGUUUCAGCCUGAUUUUGCUUCCAAGUCAUGUUUGAACUGUAUAAAGCAUUUUUAUUUUACAUCUGAUUCUCAC